UUUACAUGCCGAAUCGUUGUUCAAAUUAAAUAUCCACCACAUCAAAUGUCAUGUCAUAUGUCACAUUAUAACCUCAUAUUUCGCUCAACAACAAGAAUUAUUGUAUGUUUACAUACCGAAUUGUUAUUCAAAAACAUCCACGAAAUACCCGAAUGGAAUUAAAACAACUCCAAUAAAAUGGAAUGUUUAAUAGCGAACGUAGACCACAUAAAAUUCGACAUCGAAGUAGCCUUAGAAGAACAAUAUGGAGCUCUACCGCUACCCUUCCACGGAAUGGACAAAUCGACGUCAGCCGUGUGCCUGUUCUUCUCGACGCCCGAAGGCUGCCCGAAGGGCGCCCAAUGCCCCUUCAGGCACGUCCGAGGCGAUCGCACAAUCGUCUGCAAACAUUGGCUGCGCGGCCUCUGCAAAAAAGGCGACCAGUGCGAGUUCCUGCACGAAUACGACAUGACCAAGAUGCCCGAAUGCUACUUCUACUCGCGCUUCAACGCCUGCCACAACAAGGAGUGCCCCUUCUUGCACAUCGAUCCCGAGAGCAAGAUCAAAGACUGCCCGUGGUACGAUCGCGGCUUCUGCCGGCACGGGCCCCACUGUCGCCACCGGCACGUUAGAAGAGUCCUAUGCACUAACUACCUAUCCGGUUACUGUCCCGAUGGGCCCCAGUGUAAAUACAUGCACCCGAGGUUCGAGCUACCGGCUCCGCCCGAUCAACAGAAGGAGCUGAAGAAGACGCCGGUGAUUAUUUGUCAUUUUUGCGGGGAGCACGGGCAUAAAGCGAUACAUUGUAACAAGAUGGUGGAUCCCACGAAGGUGUUGUUUAUACAGUCGGAUGAGCAUCGGGAUAAGGAGGGGGCCGAGCAGGCGGCGCAGAAUUCGUAUUUGCAGAAGAUGCUGCCGAAGAGGUUGGAGGAUGUGACUUGUUAUAAGUGCGGGACGAAAGGGCAUUAUGCUAAUCGGUGUCCUAAAGGGCAUUUGGCGUUUUUGUCGCAGUCGAAGUCGAAGGAUGUGAGCGAGAAUGAUGUGUAGUUUGGGUGGGGUUUUUUAGGGGGUGUUGGGUGGUUGAGUGGUGGUGUUUUAGGGGGUGGAUGUUUGGGGGAUUUUGUGGAGGAAAGUUUGUAAGAAUGGAUGGCUUUGAGUUCUUAGUUUUCGAGCUACAGGGUGUUAAAAUUUGAGGUAAAAAAAAGGCUUUUCUGAAGACUUAUUGUUGUAUAAAAAGCCAUUUUCGCGUUAAAAAAUAGAAACUUAAAACGAUUUUUUUGUUCAAAAGUUCAUUUUGAGACUGCUUUUUGGUAUUUUAUUGAAAUUUGGUAAACGCUUUCCAGGUAUGGAAACACUUUUUGGGGGAUAAAAAUUAAUUUUCUAUCGAUUUGAGUACAUUUCAAUACAAAAUUGCAAUUAUCUCGAAAACUAAUCGAGAUGGAAAUACCGUAUUUACUUUAAUUAGUAGAAAAAACAUUUGUCUACAAUUUUUGCAGAACGAAAAUUUUCGAAAAAUAGCUUAGUUUUCGAGAUAUUUUUAGAUUUUUUAUGGAUUUUCCAAAACUUAUC